AUGCAUCGCGGACAAUUAUCCUUGACACUUUGGGCACUUAUAUUCAUAGGCACCUCUGAAACUUGUAUUUUACGUACCCACAUUACUGCGGUUGAAGGGGAAGCUUUCUAUCUGAAAUACUGCGUAUUUCCACCUGUGCCUGAGAAUGAAACAACCACCAUCAGAUGGUACAGAAGCAAUGGAUCACAUGAACGUGUUCAGCUGAACCCAGGCAGUUCACCCAGAAUUAUUUCGUGGGAUUAUGUUUUGGAGUUUUGGCCAGUUGAGUUAGAUGACGGGGGAUCUUACUUUUUCCAGAUGGGAAAUUAUACUUAUGAAUGGAAAUUAAACAUCAUCAGAAGAAAUAAACACAGCUGUUUUGCCGAAAAACAAGUAACUAGUAAAAUUGUGGAAGUUAAAAAAUUUUUGCAGAUAACCUGUGAAAAUAGUUACUAUCAAAAACUGAUCAGCACCACAUCAUUGUAUAAGAACUGUAAAAAGCUACUGGAGAACAAUGAAAACCCCUCUAUAAAGAAGAAUGCCGAGUUCGAAGAUCAGGGCUUUUAUUCCUGUGUGUUUUCCGUUCGUCAUAAUGGAAAGCUAUUUAACAUCACCAAAACCUUCAAUAUAACAGUAGUUGAAGAUCACAGUACUAUAGUUCCAGUUGUUCUUGGACCAAAGCUUACCCACGUUGAAGUGGAAUUAGGAAAAGAUGUACAGCUCAACUGCUCUGCUUUGCUGAAUGAAAAUGAUGUGGUUUAUUGGAUCUUCGAAAAAGAAAAUGGACCAGAUCCUAAUGUACAUGAACAGAAAGAAAAUAGAAACUGGACUUCAGAAGGCAAAUUGUAUUCUUCAAAAAUAUUGAGAAUUGAGAAUAUUAGUGAAAAUAAUCUCAAUUUUUUAUAUAAUUGCACUGUGACUGGCAACGGAGGCACAGACACCAAAAGCUUCAUCUUGGUGAAAAAAGCAGACAUGGCUGAUAUCCCAGGCCACGUCUUCACGAGAGGAAUGAUCAUAGCCGCUUUGAUCCUGGUGGCAGUAGUGUGCCUAGUGGUUGUGGCUGUCAUUUAUAGGGUGGACUUGGUUUUAUUUUAUAGACAUUUAAUGGGAAGAGAUGAAACAUUAACAGAUGGAAAAACAUAUGACGCUUUUGUGUCUUACCUAAAAGACUGUCGCCCUGAAAAUGGAGAGGAGUACAGCUUUGCUGUGGAGAUUUUGCCCAGAGUGUUGGAGAAGCAUUUUGGGUAUAAGUUAUGCAUAUUCGAAAGGGAUGUAAUGCCUGGAGGAGCUGUUGUGGAUGAAAUCCACUCACUGAUAGAGAAGAGCCGAAGACUGAUCAUUGUCCUAAGCAAAAGUUACAUGUCUAAUGAAGUCAGGUAUGAACUUGAAAGUGGACUCCAUGAAGCGCUGGUGGAAAGGAAAAUUAAAAUAAUCUUAAUUGAAUUUACACCUGUCCGUGACUUCACCUUUUUGCCCCAAUCGCUAACGCUUUUGAAAUCUCACAGAGUUCUGAAGUGGAAGGCUGACAACUCUUUUUCCUAUAACUCAAGGUUCUGGAAAAAUCUCCUUUACUUAAUGCCUGCAAAAACAUUCAAUCCAGGCAGAGAUGAAUCAGAAAUCUUGCCUGUUCUUUCAAAGCCUUGAUCUCCAGAAAAGCUGAAUGUCAAAAAGAACUCCAGAUACGCUGGGAUUGAGUGUAAGAGGCUGUUCACAACAAAGGCCCUUAUUCAAAAUACUUAACUCUAUCACAAUUCCACUCAACGUUUGAAGAUGAAAUGUGUCAUUAGGUUGUCGGGAAUAAGACUAAACGUUGAGCUGUGGUCAUGUGUUCCCAGAAGAUCCUGGAAUUCAAAAGAAGUGAAUCUCCUUUUUCUCCCUUGUCCAUAACUGGAUGCAGCUGUUCACACUUAAUCCCAUACUCAGCAAACGUGAGAGUGGGCAUGAUGCAAAAUAACCGAUGCCUUCCAAAAAAGGCACAUCUUUAAGAGUUUUUAAUGCUAGUGAUUAAUUUGAGAGAGAGGAUAUUAAGGGCAGGAAGAGGCCAUUUCUCUGAACCAGUGGGUGACAGAGUAACUGGAAUGCUGCCUUCACUCCCCAGCACUGCAGAUCUUGCAUGA